UCUACGCCACACGGCAAUGGCGUACGACGCUUGGUUAUUAGACGCUCGUCGUGUACAUCAGAAAGUAAUAGUAGCGCGUAUCACAUAGUCAAAGAAAAUAGUAAGUGCGGAUAUCUAAUUCGAAUGCCGGUUAGUCAGUUGACAAGAGUAACGUGACGAUCUAAACGGUUACAAGAGUGAAAAAAAAAGGAUUAAUAAAAUAUUCAUAAUUUGGGAUUUCGCGGGAUCCUAUAAAGGAUCCCAGAUGAUCAGCGUGUGAUCCAAAAUGGCGUCGACCGAUCUGUCGUCCGGAUCUAUACCGCCAUUCUACAGAGAGGUGUACGAGAAGAUUGCUUCGACUUCUGGUGGUAACGUGGAACGAGAAGUCUUUAAAUCCCUUCUCGUGAAAUCUCAGCUAAGCAGCUCUGUGCUCAGUCAGAUAUGGGAACUCGUCGACAGCAAGAUGGGUUAUCUGACACGCAGCAGCCUUUACAAAGGAUUGGCUCUGGUCGCGUUUGCACAGCAGGGAAAACAGCCGAGCGACAAACUCUUGGAGAAUUCAGAAUCUCGAGAAUUACCCAUACCAGUUUUGGGAGAUUUAACGGAAGUGACGUUACUGGCGCAAAGAAUGCACAAAGGGACAAACCCUACCAAGCUAAAUAUCAGUUAUUCUGACAUAUGUGAUUUGGACACCAUAGAAGUCAAUCAGGUACCGGAGAAGAAGGGUAUCUUUCUAAAGCACGUGGAAUAUCAAAUAACCAGCAAACGGUUUAGCUCUAUAGUCUACAGGCGCUACAAUGACUUUGUAUCGUUACACGAACUUUUAUUGGCAAGAUUCCCAUAUAGGCUUAUACCGAAAUUACCUCCCAAGAAAAUCGUUGGAGCAAAUUCCCAAUUCUUGGAGGAACGAAGAAGAUCCCUCUUGCGUUUCUUGACUCUAAUCGCUCGACAUCCAGUCGUCAAUAAGGAUCCCAUUGUACAUUUCUUCUUCACGUACAUCGGCGAGGAAACUCAGUACAAAAUACGAGAAGUGUUUAGAAGAGUUCCUGACGAAUUCGCCACUUCUGAACUCUCGUCCAGGGCAAAAGAGUUGGUACCUCAGGAAACGCUCACAGAAUUCGCCAAUAGCAGGGAUCAAAUAAGAACAAUAUUAAUGGGUAUAUCAAGAUUGAAAACCAUCGCCGACUGUCUUGCUAUUAGGUCGCAUGGCUACGCUGUCGAUAUGGCUGAAUUAGGUAAUCAAUUGAGCAAUUUGGCAGCAGAGCCACAUAGCACGAGUUCCUGGGUAACUGGUGGCUCCACGAUAUGGCAGGACAUGAAGAAAGGCUUCCAUGUUAUAUCUAAGGAAUUUGGUCUUCUCUCUACCAGAGCUCUGGAGCAAGCAGUGAGAGAGGAAACGAUGAUUUGCGAGAGACUAAAUCUUCUCCUGGAUAUCCUGGUAGCACAUAGAAUCCUCUGCGAGAGACACGAACGUGGAGUCAGUGCAGAUCAUCAACGUGCUCUUUCGACAAUGCUUUCCUUGAAGAAGAGACAGAUGCAGGGAGUCAUACGUGGGACUGAUGCAGACACUGUGGAGCACUUGGAGAACAAAAUGGUGGCACAGGAAUCCGUCAUAGCAAACGUCGAGCUCAGAAAUUCAUUCUCCUUGCACUGCUUGCAUAUGGAGACUCAGCUUGUUCAUGCACAUUUGGAAAUACUUGCUACCGUAUUGCAAAGUCUUGUGAAUGUUCAGAUACGCGGUCAUUCCGAGGUAACUUUAUUACCGUUAAUAAACUUAAAUACCUCUCUUAAAGUUAAUUGAAUUGAUCCUCAAUUAAUCUUGCAUAAUCGUGAAGGAUUAUCAUAAGCUUGCCGAAGUAUGGAAAUUGAUUGAACCAACCAUCAUGAAAUGCUUACCAGAAAAAUCAGCAAGUGGAUCAAACAGAAUAUCAUAAAUACAUCAUAACGUAUGUGUAUGAAUGACACGUGUGAUAUUUACGGAACUGAUCAAUUUAUCAGCGAAAAUGCUUUGUUCUUAUUUAAAAGAGCUUGAAAUAUGAAAUAAGGUGUUAAUUUAGAAAUGACAUAAAUGAAGAGCAACACAAAGGAGGAAAGUAAUGGACGAACGUAAACUGUCGUCAAUUGACGAUUGAACGUACUGAGGGUUUAAAAUGGUAUAUAUUCAUAUAUACAGUGAUAUAUCAUGAUAGCAUAAUAGUAGGUAAUUAUGUGGCUGCAUAAGAGACAUCUAAAUGAUCGCAGAAGUGCAAUAGACAUGUUAUGUAUAAUGAAGUGCGUUAAGUAGAUGAAGAAUAUAAAUUAGGCUCGCAGAAAAACAUACUAGUGAGCCAUUUUGAUAAAAAUUGUUAUACCCUAAGACAAUUUAUAUAUGAAACUCAAUGCCGCGGACAAUUCAGUGUAUGUACAGUUUGACGAGUUCAUGGACAUUCCUUGUUAUGUACUUAAUAUAUAUUUUAUGAGCCACACUGUAAUGCUCUCAUAACAUAUUCAGUAGACAUGAUACAUGUAAUAUAAAUAUUAAGUCCGUUUUGCGGAGACGACUUGAUUAUGUAUAUGUAUAUAUAUGUAAUUUUUCUGAAGGAGCAUUUAAUGCUGUAUGCAACAAUGAAAAUUAUAAUUAAUACAUUGAUCCACGAACAGUAUAAAUCUCUGUAAGUGUUACGUAUGAAUGAUAUUUAAUUGGCCUAUAUAUUUUAUUAUUCAAAGUGGAACCGUAAUCUCUUUUGAGACGAAUUGAUCAAAGAAUAUAGGCAUACAAAUAUAUAUGUUAUAAAUUUGUAACUGUAAAUACUCAUUUUUGCAGCAAAAGAAAUAAUAAGUCAGUAUGUAUAAUUGAGAUACGGAGAAGCUGUUGUUUCAGCAAGGACAGAUUGUAACAGUAAUGUAUUUUAAGUAUGCAUACCAUAUUUUUUUAAAUAUCAUUAUUUUUGUAUAUUCUAUAUGGUAUUUAAGUUAUUAGAUUUGGAAUAUUAUGUGUUUGUUGGAAUUCUGCAAAAUACAUAAGAUUUUGCAUAUAUAAUAACUAUUUACACAUUGGUACGUCAUAUGAAACAGUAAUGUAGUAGUUAUGUGUGCUAGUAAAACUGUAUGUAAUUAUAUAAUUUUUAUACAUUACUGUUACAAAUUGUCUUAGCUAGGAGGUUCAAUGAUCUUUAUCCUUUUGGUUUUUUCCCUAGGACACAAGUGUCCCACGCCGAGAGUGUAUUUGGAUAUCGCUCUUACACCUGUUUGUUUUGAAUGUAGACGCUGAUUGUCAAUGAUAACAAUCAAAUAUAACAUCAUUAUUAAAA